AUGCUGCUCUUCGCGAUUUUCUCUGCCAAUCUGAGACCUUCCGCCGAUACAUGGCAGCGGGUCGCGGCUCUCCUGGGAGAAGGGUUGACCGCGUCAGCUGUGAGUCAAAAGUAUUAUAAGCUGCGACACGAAAUGGAAAAGAUGUUGAAGGAUCAAGGAGCCCCGACCCCAACGACACCAACGAAGCGCAAAGCCGAAGACGAGGACGAGAAGAAGACGCCUCCAUCGAAGCGAGCUCGAAAACCCAAGCAGAAGUCGUUCGACGGCAUACCAUUCACCCAGGUGCCCGACAGUCCUCAGAAGGUCAAGUACGAGGACAUGGCGGUGAGCGGUCUGGACUCAUUCCAUAGCUACGACGCACACUUCACUCCAACAGCCUUUUUCCCAGCGGUGAACAUGGGCGAGCUGAUGAAUGGGCAGAGAAGUGGGAACAGCAGCAGCAGCAGCUUCAUGGCCUGA